CAAAGUUCAAACGCAAUUGCCAAGGCUCUUAUGCUCACGUUGAGCCGCUACUCGCCAGCAAUCUCGCCUACCAAAUUACCUUUCUCUACCUUACUGCAUCCAAAAACAUUACAAAGUCAAUUGAUAUCUCAACGCAUUGUUCCUAUAAUAGCCGUUCUAAAGCCUAUUCUUAUUUCCACCUCCACUUCAAAACGAAUCCUGCUGAGUUCCCAAACCCAACAUAUGGAAACUCAAAGUGCAUUGGCUGACCCCCAAGAGCUCCCCUUGGUGUUGAGGGGCUUCAGGGGUCCAGAGGGGUUUGGACCCCGCACUAGACUUCAUGAGGUUACAAUCCGACCAAUUCUCUGAGCAACCCGUCCACGGCUCAUUUCCCCAUAGAUACAACAAGUCGGUGAAGUCAAAUUUCCUUCUUUGUCAAGUCCCGAAUCUUGCGUCUCUCGUAUCAAUUGAGCGUCUGGUUUGUUUCACUGCAAUCUUUGUUUCAAACUUUCUCCAAAACCUUCCUCCAUCUACCUUAUACCCCGCUUCAUAAUGUCCGAUACAAAGGUCUACCGCGCCAGCACCACUGCGCCCGUCAACAUCGCCGUAGUCAAAUACUGGGGAAAGCGCGAUGCUAAGCUCAACCUCCCUACCAACAGCUCCCUCUCCGUAACCCUCUCGCAAGCCGAUCUCCGAACUCUCACAACAGCCUCGUGCUCGAGCACCUUCACUGAUGGCGACAGCCUCACUCUCAACGGAGAGUCCUCCGACAUCUCUGGCGCCCGAACCCAAGCUUGCUUCCGCGAGCUUCGAUCCCGCCGCGCCGCUCUCGAGGCCGCCGACUCUUCGCUCCCCAAGCUGUCCACAUACCCCCUGAAACUCGUCUCCGAGAACAACUUCCCCACUGCUGCUGGCCUUGCCUCCUCAGCUGCUGGUUUCGCUGCGCUCGUCCAGGCUAUCGCUCUUCUGUACGAGCUUCCUGACUCGCCUUCUGAUCUUUCGCUCGUCGCUAGACAAGGAUCUGGAUCUGCUUGCCGAAGUCUCUUUGGUGGAUAUGUUGCGUGGAGAAUGGGCGAGAAGGAGGAUGGAAGCGACUCAAAGGCCGAUCUCGUCGCGCCCGCUUCACACUGGCCUGACAUGCGCGCUCUGAUCCUCGUUGUCAGCGCCGCCAAGAAGGGUGUCUCUUCUACCUCGGGCAUGCAGCAGACCGUCGCUACAUCCGGUCUCUUCAAGGAGAGAAUAGCAAACGUUGUCCCCGCCAACAUGACCGCGAUGGAGGAGGCCAUCAAGAACAAGGACUUCCCCAAGUUCGCCGAGGUCACCAUGCGCGACUCCAACUCUUUCCACGCUACUUGCGCCGACACCUACCCUCCCAUCUUCUACAUGAACGACGUUUCCCGCGCCGCCAUCCGUGCUGUUGAGUACAUCAAUGAGAAGGCUGGCAGGACCAUUGCCGCUUAUACCUUCGAUGCUGGUCCCAACUGUGUUGUCUACUACGAGGAGAAGGACGCUGAUACCGUGGUUGGUACUUUCUACCAAGCGCUCCAGGGUGUUGGCGGUUUCAAGGAGGGUGCUGCUAGCGCCAAGUCUAGCGUUGAGCUUGAGAGUGGUCUUGCUUCUACUUUGAAGGAGGGUGUGAGCAGAGUUAUUUCCACUGGUGUUGGUGAGGGUCCUAUCAAGACUGAUGAGUUCCUUGUUGGAGAGGACGGUCAGGCUGUUCGACGAUAGACGGGGAUAUAAAAGAUCUAGUGGAGUAAAUAGCAUGUUGGAAUGAUAUACAGAAGUUUGACGCUGAAAAAAACAACGCAUUACUAAUUGUCACAUUUGGGA